ACAUGAAACUUUUCGAAUGCGAACGUUGUAUGGAGAGUGCGCAGUGAAAAAGUGUUCGAUUCCAGUCUUUCUUGUCGAUCAUCAUCAUUUAGCUGUAGUAAAUUUACGUAUAUUUUUAUGUAUAUGAAUGUGAAAGCUGCAAAAUUAAUAUAGAUAUUUAUUAUUUUUUUAUUGCCGGUUGACAGGUAUAACGAUCAUAGAUUGAAUAUCAACAAAAAUGUCCGUAAAAGUGUAUAUAUCAGGAAUUAGUGGUAAUAAAGAAGUUAAAAAAAGACAACAACGAGUACUUAUGAUUUUAGAUAGUAAAAAUGUGCAAUAUGAAAUAAUCGACAUCACAGAACCUGGUAAAGAAGAUAGUAAAGAAUACAUGCAAACUAAUGCCAAUCCAAAAGACAGUAAAUAUCCUUUACCUCCCCAAAUAUUCAAUGAAGAAGAUUACUGUGGGGACUAUGAAGAUUUCGAUUUAGCGAAUGAAAUUGAUGAAUUAGAGAAAUUUCUUAAACUUAGUUCUCUCGAUGAUGAAAUCGAAGAAAACAAUUCUACAAGUAAUAAUGUAACCAACAACAGAAAAUCAUCUAGUCGAGAGGCUUCUAUGGAAAAUGAUAACAUUGUACAUUCAGAGAGUAACAUAAAUGAAAGAGAAAACUCAAUUACUGAUGAUAAAGACUCUGAAAAAAUGAAAUCAUCCGAUAUUGACGGCUUAAAUAAAUCACUAUCAGAAGAUAUGGAUCACACAGACAUAUCUGAAAAGAAGAGUGAAAAAUCAGAUGAUGACGAACAAGAAGAAUAAAUAAUGAAUAAUAUAGUUGAUAUCCUUUAAUUAAGUGUUAUUAUUAUUUAGGACUAAUGACCUCGUCGGUAAAUAUUCUUUUGCUUAAUCAUCUUUAUUGUUGUCCAAGAUGUGUAAGAAUACCGUACUGCCAAUUAUCGAUUAAAAAUUUUUUCAAUGAAUCAAGUUAAUAUUAAAAAAAAUUCUCUAGAAUUUUAUUACUUUGAAUAAUUUUAUGAUCAAAUAUUUAUGCCAAUUUUUUUUUUAAUAUUACAUAUUUGGGAUGGGAAAUGUUAAUUUUAUUUCUUGAACUGAUUGUUGAUUAGAUUUAAUUAUUAAAUCAAAGAAAAUUCGUUUGAAAUGUCCUUUUUUUUUAAUUUAAUAAUAUAUUACAGUUUUAAAAGAUAUAAAUAUCAAUUAAUAAUUAAUUAGAGAUAAGUUGAAAUUUUAAUAGAGAAAACAAAGUAAAUAAUAUUUAAAGAUUAUUUAGUAAUGAAUAUACAUCUUCUUAAUAAGUUAUUCAUGUAUUAAUAGAUAUUGUUAUUUGGGUAUCAAAUAAAUUCAGUUUAUUAAAUUUAUUUUUAUAUUAUUAUGAAUACAAUUAUAAAUUUCCAAACUUAAAAAUGUGAGUAAUUUUUAUUGUUAUUAAAACUGAAUAAAUUAAAAUUUUUUGUUUCUUGAAAUAUGAAGAUAGGACGACAGUUUAUUUAGAUUCGACUCAAGUAUUUUUUAGUAGAUUUCAUAGGAAUUGAAUUCUUGUAUUUCACCUCAUGUCGCGAGUUUCAUAUUUUUCGAUAUUUUGUGUCUUAAUGGGAUAGUUUCCCAAAAUACUGAUGUUUUAUAAUUUCGUGCAUAAACUGGGUGCACGUUUAUACAUUUUAGAAAUAAAAGUAGGUCAUCUAUAUACUUUUCACAUGUAAAAAAAAACAUUUGCAUGGAUAAUUGAUUAAAUAGUAUUAUUAUUUUUGUGCACUCGGCUAAUACAUGAGUGUUCUUCACAAAAACUACUACUUUUGUUAGUGACGUCUACAAAUUCCAUGUUUUUAAGAGCGAUAAAAAACACAUUGAUUGUGGUUUUCAUGUCUAGAAAGCAUGUAAAUUAUGAGCAAAAUUAGAAGAGGUUGUU